AUGACCCUCUCCGGUGGCGGCAGCGCCAGCGACAUGUCCGGCCAGACGGUGCUGACGGCCGAGGAUGUGGACAUCGAUGUGGUGGGCGAGGGCGACGACGGGCUGGAGGAGAAGGACAGCGACGCGGGCUGCGAUAGCCCCGCGGGGCCGCCGGAGCUGCGACUGGACGAGGCGGACGAGGUGACGCCGGCGGCACCCCACCAUGGGCAGCCUCAGCCGCCGCACCAGCAGCCCCUGGCACUAUCCAAGGAGGCAGCUGGAGCCGGGGCCGGGCCAGGGGGCGAGGCGGGCGUGUCCGAAGCCGACGGCUGCAAGGGCGGCGUUGGCGGCGAGGAGGGCGGCGGGAGCGGCGGCGGGCCUGGCUCGGGCAGCGGUGCGGCGGGCGGCCUGGCCCCGAGCAAGCCCAAGAACAGUCUGGUGAAGCCGCCCUACUCUUACAUCGCGCUCAUCACUAUGGCUAUCCUGCAGAGCCCACAGAAGAAGCUGACCCUGAGCGGCAUCUGCGAGUUCAUCAGUAACCGCUUCCCCUACUACCGGGAGAAGUUCCCCGCCUGGCAGAACAGCAUCCGCCACAAUCUCUCACUCAACGACUGCUUCGUCAAGAUCCCCCGCGAACCGGGCAACCCAGGCAAGGGCAACUACUGGACCCUGGACCCGCAAUCCGAGGACAUGUUCGACAACGGCAGCUUCCUGCGGCGCCGGAAACGCUUCAAGCGCCACCAGCAGGAGCACCUGCGCGAGCAGACGGCGCUCAUGAUGCAGAGCUUCGGCGCCUACAGCCUUGCGGCGGCGGCCGGCGCCGCGGGGCCCUACGGCCGCCCCUACGGCCUGCACCCUGCGGCCGCGGCCGGCGCCUAUUCUCACCCUGCUGCCGCGGCAGCCGCGGCGGCGGCCGCGGCGCUCCAGUACCCGUACGCGCUGCCCCCCGUGACACCCGUGUUGCCGCCCGCCGUGCCGCUCCUGCCCUCGGGCGAGCUCGGCCGCAAAGCGGCCGCCUUCGGCUCGCAGCUCGGCCCAGGCCUGCAGCUGCAGCUCAACAGCUUGGGCGCCGCCGCGGCCGCCGCGGGCACGGCGGGCGCUGCGGGCACCACGGCGUCGCUCAUUAAGUCCGAGCCGAGUGCGCGGCCGUCGUUCAGCAUCGAGAACAUCAUUGGUGGGGGUCCCGCGGCACCCGGGGGCUCGGCAGCGGGCGCUGGGGGCAGCGGGGUAACUGGGGGCACAGGGGGUGGCGGGGGCGGCGGCGCGGCGCAGUCCUUCCUGCGGCCGCCCGGGACCGUGCAGUCGGCGGCGCUCAUGGCCACGCACCAGCCGCUCUCUCUGAGCAGGACGACGGCCACCAUCGCGCCCAUCCUGAGCGUGCCGCUUUCUGGACAGUUCCUGCAGCCCGCAGCCUCGGCCGCCGCAGCUGCCGCUGCCGCGGCGCAAGCCAAGUGGCCCGCUCAAUAG